UCAGCUUUGCAAUAAUAUAAAUGCGAAAAAAAGCGAAUAAUUUCAAACGUUAUGUGGAUUCUUACUGCAAAACAAUAUUAUAUACGUUUGAGACAACAACUUUUUUGGGCUCUUUUGGGGAAGGAAAAAGAGAUAAAGCAGAGAGAAAGAAAGCUCGUGUUAUCAAGUCAAGAAUGAUCCUUCUUCUCUCUUUUCUUUCUUUUAGUCCCUAAAACUACCACUGUCUCAUUCAUUCUUCAUCUUAAGCCUCUUAUCAUACUCAAGUUGCUUGCUUUCAUUACAAAAGCAUUAUCUUUGUUUGUAAGAGUCCCAGUUUUAAAUAUCCCACCUAUACUUUAGACCUUUCAUUCUCUUCAAUCCCUCCUCCCUAUUAAUAUUCUGUCUCUAAUCUAAUAUUUAAGGUAACUUUCAACAUAAAAUUCUUUCUUUCCAGAAUUAUUUCAUUUUUUGAUUGUAUAGUUUUCUUCACUGGUAAAUUUUUUUGUAGUUUCUUUUCGGGUAUAGGCUUGAACUGAUUUUAAUUGGAGGGUUAGGCGUCUCGUUUGAAUACUAAAAUGGAAACUUCACCAGUAAUCACCCCUGAUCCCCACGUAGAUCCUUCUUUGUCUGUAUCUAACACUAGUAAUAAUAAUUCUACGAGCUAUGGGGUUUUGCUGAACUUGUUUCACUCACCAUUAUCUCUUCUCCUUGAAUAUUCCCGUGUGGCUUCGACUACUUCUAACUCUGCCCAUCAAGAUUCUGACCCAGUUGGUGAUAGUCAGACCCAGUUGCCCAAUUCCGUUGACAAUCUAAGCAGUGUGAGUCCUGGGGAGGUUUCUAUUCAGAUAAUUAGAUCAGAGAAUGGUGAAUCCGAAACCACAGAGGCAAUGUUGGAUAAUGAGCAGGCAAAUCCAUUAGGGGCUGGGGAAGCGCUUCCAUUGGUGCCUCCUUCAGUUGAAGGUAAUACUUCUCGUGAUGCUUCUUACCGAAGUUAUGAUAUUCAGCAGUUUGCUCGGUGGUUCGAACAAGUUCUUCCAUUUUCAUUACUCUUGCUGGUUGUCUUCAUUCGUCAACAUUUGCAAGGCUUUUUCAUUACUGUUUGGAUUACAGCAAUGAUUUUUAAGUCAAAUGAUAUACUUCGAAAGCAGACAGCAUUAAAGGGAGAGAGGAAAAACUUUGUUCUCAUUGUAAUCUCUAUAGGUUUUAUGCUUCAUGUGGUUGGCAUUUAUUGGUGGUUUCAACAUGAUGACCUUUUAUAUCCAUUGGUCUUGAUUCCUCUGAAAACAACUCCACCUUUCUGGCAUGCUGUAUUCAUCAUCCUAGUAAAUGAUACAAUGGUGAGGCAGGCAGUAAUGGCUUUUAAGUGUCUACUACUAAUUUAUUAUAAGAGUGGCAGAGGUCAUAAUUUCCGUCGGCAGGGUCAAAUGCUAACUUUGGUCGAGUAUGCUCUGCUUUUAUACCGUGCGCUAUUGCCAGCACCUGUUUGGUACCGAUUUUUCUUGAACAAAGAUUAUGGAAGCCUUUUUUCAUCAUUGACCGCAGGGCUGUAUUUAACUUUCAAGCUUACUACCAUUGUUGAGAAGGUUCAAUCUCUCUUUGCUGCCUUUAGGGCAUUGUCAAGGAAGGAAGUUCAUUAUGGGUCUUAUGCUACAAUGGAACAGGUAAAUGCAGCUGGAGACCUCUGUGCUAUUUGCCAAGAGAAGAUGCAUGUUCCUGUUUUAUUGCGAUGUAAACACAUAUUUUGCGAGGACUGUGUUUCUGAAUGGUUGGAGAGAGAAAGAACUUGCCCUCUCUGCAGGGCUUUGGUUAAACCUGCGGACUUACGAUCAUUCGGAGAUGGAUCAACAAGCUUGUUGUUCCAGUUAUUCUAAAAAAUAUGAGUGAUUGAGAAUCCUCUAAACAAAAGUUUCAUCCUUUUUCUUUCGUAGGCAAAUAGUGGAUUUAUAUUAAUUAGAGUCUGCUCAAGAACUGCCCCGAAAGGCCAGUGGAUUAGAAGGUAUAUCAAAAAUCAGAAGUGAUAUGGUCAUUUGUUAUUUGCUCUGAGUUUUAAUCCACACAUUUGUCUUUUGGAGUAUACAGGACCAAAGGGAAAAAUCUGACCCUUGUUACACUUGUUACCAAAAAGAGAAAAGCUUUUCCAAUUAGUUUUAACAUA